AUCAUUGGAAUGUCAAAUCUAAGAGAUCUGAUUGGUCAGUUAGGUGAGAAGGAAGAUCGUGUGUAGUGUACCUAGUAAUGUUUGCUCCUAUUUAGUACAUACUCUAAUAACCAUUCGUACAUUUCAAUCCUAUAUCUAUUAACCCACACCCACAGAUUACUAAGUACUUCACCCCCCCCCGAAAAUAUGAUGUGGCACUAAAACUUACUUAAUCGAUAGUGAAAAAGGCCUUAGUCUGAGAAAAACCCCACCUAAAGAUUUCUCCCCACCAUCAUUAACGAUAAACCUGAAAAAAAGGUCGACUUCGACAAAAUCCAUCCAACAGAGAGAGAAAUCAAAAGUAUCUCUUUUCUUCAACUAUCGAUUAUUGAUUAUUAUCACGACAACUUCAAAUAAUUAAUCAAAAUGGUUUCAGCAUCGAAAGCCGCUCGUGAUGCGAAGAGGGCCGCUGAAGGAAAGCCAGCAAAGAAGACGGUUGCCUCCAAAUCAAAGGCUGGCUCCCAGGCUGCAUCUGGCACUACAACUCCUGGCGAAGUAGCCCUCGACGCCAAUGGAAAUGUUCUUCCCGACGAGGAGCAACCUGCGACGAAGGAUAUGGAUGAAAUCAAGAGAUUAGCUGCACAAAUGGAUAAACAUGGUCUCUCUGAUCGUGUCACAACCGGUGUUCUCAGCUCUCUCAAACAAAGUCGUGACGUUAAGAUUACAUCUGCAUCGCUGGUUUUCCACGGUCGUGUCCUUUUGAACGAUACAACACUCGAGCUUACAUAUGGACGUCGAUAUGGUCUUUUGGGAGAGAACGGUUGCGGAAAGUCAACUCUCCUCAAAGCGAUCGACAUGCGCGAAUACCCUGUCCCAGAUCAUGUCGAUAUCUACUUAUUAAACGAGGGUGCUCCUCCUAGUAAUUUGGGUGCCUUGGAAUGGGUCGUCAGAGAAGCAGAGAAUGAAAUGAAGAGACUUGAUGACGAGGCCGAGCGAUUGUUGGAGGAGGAAGGACCAGAGAGUCCAGUUCUUUUGGAUCUCUAUGAGGUAAAAUUAUCCAGGUGCAAGAUAUCCUUUCGUACGUUGCUAACCAUUCAUAGCGUAUGGAUACCAUGGAUCCAUCCACCUUCUCCACCCGUGCAUCCCUCAUUUUGACUGGUCUCGGUUUCAACAAGGUCACUAUUCACAAGAAGACUAAGGAUAUGUCUGGUGGAUGGCGUAUGCGUGUGGCUUUGGCUAAAGCUCUUUUCGUCAAGCCUUCCCUUCUUCUUCUCGAUGACCCUACCGCACAUUUGGAUUUGGAAGCUUGCGUGUGGUUGGAAGAAUAUUUGAAGAAAUGGGACCGAACUCUUAUCCUUGUUUCUCACUCUAUGGAUUUCCUCAACGGUGUUUGCGGCAACAUGAUCGAUAUGCGUUCCAGACAACUCAUCUAUUAUGGUGGUAACUACGAUUCUUACGCAAAGACUAGAUCUGAACAGGAGGUCAACCAAAUGAAGGCCUACCAAAAACAACAAGAUGAAAUUGUUCACAUCAAGAAAUUCAUUGCUUCAGCUGGUACCUAUGCCAACUUGGUGCGCCAAGCCAAAUCCAGACAAAAGAUUUUGGACAAGAUGGAAGCCGAUGGUUUCAUUCAAAAGGUUGAGGAAGAUCGUGUCUUCACUUUCCGUUUCGCAGAUGUUGAGAAGCUUCCACCACCAGUUUUGUCAUUUGACGAUGUUACUUUCUCCUACUCUGGUGACUCUAAGGAUGAUCUUUACCGCAACCUUGACCUCGGUGUUGACAUGGACUCCCGUACUGCUCUUGUCGGACCUAACGGUGUUGGUAAAUCCACCCUCCUCCGUCUUAUGACCGGAAAGCUUUCUCCCACCGGAGGAACUGUUUCCCGUCACACACAUUUGAAGAUGGGUGUUUACUCUCAACAUUCUUCGGAACAAUUGGAUCUUACCAAGUCCGCCUUAGAUUUUGUUAGAGAUAAGUAUGCCCAUAAGAGUCAAGAUUACCAAUACUGGCGUCAACAACUUGGAAAGUAUGGUCUCAGUGGUGAAUCUCAAACGGCAUUGAUGGGUACUCUUUCCGAAGGACAAAAGUCCAGAAUUGUUUUUGCUUUGUUGGCUAUUGAUGGACCAAAUAUGUUGUUGUUGGAUGAACCUACCAACGGUUUGGAUAUUCCUACCAUUGACAGUUUGGCUGAUGCUAUCAACGCUUUCACUGGUGGUGUUGUUGUUGUUUCGCACGAUUUCAGGUAAGCAAUUUUUCCAUCGGACCAAAAUGAAAGUAUGCUAAUAAUGUAUAGAUUGCUCGAUAAGAUUGCUAAGGACAUCAUGGUUUGCGAGAACCAAACCAUCAAGAGAUGGGAUGGUACGAUCGCCGAGUACAAGAACCACUUGAGAAAGAAGAUGGUUUCUGCAGGUGCUGUUUAAAGUGGCUAUAUAUUCACAAUAACUCGUGCAAUAUCCCGUCGAAACAAAAAGUUUGAUUUGAUACAUUGAUGGACGACUUAACAUUUGAAAUAUGGGUGGCAUUCACCAAGGCUAUUGGCCAUUCCCUCACGGUCCAAAACUGAGGUCGGGGAGGGAUUGGGGCGGUGCAGGAUUGUUGUAACACCGCUUUCUUUUGGUGGGAUAGAAUGCGAGUCUGUUUAGAUGGCGUUAAUUUGGUUGAAAUCUUUAAAAAACAUUAUUAAAAAACACUUUUAGGACUGUGACGUGAUUGAUGGUUGAUGGGUGAUGUGAAUGUGGUGUAAAGGGACUUGUAAC